AAAAGAAUUGAGACGAGACGAGACGAGAUCGACGACAUCACCACCAUUGCUUUACGACGGAGAUGGAGAAGGGAAAAGCAGUGAUGGGUAUGGGCCGCAGAUGGGCCGUCGAUUUCACCGACAAUUCAACCUCCCCUUCCUCUCGCGACAUCCCCGACCCUCCUGGCUUCACUCGCGCUUCUCAAGAUCAGGACGAUUCAACAGUGAGCCGUGAGAAGAAGAACGCCGAAUCCAAUUGGAAAGCUCAGAAAGCAUGGGAAGUGGCACAAGCACCUUUCAAGAAUUUGAUGAUGAUGGGCUUUAUGAUGUGGAUGGCUGGAAGCACAGUUCAUUUAUUUAGCAUUGGGAUCACAUUUUCUGCUCUUUGGCAGCCCAUAAGUGCUCUCCAAGGUGUUGGGAAAGUUUUUGAGCCUUACAAGGAUAGUAAAGUGGAUCUCCUGGGGCCAAAAUUACUAUUCAUUGCCUUAAAUUUGGCUGGUUUAGGAUUGGGCAUCUGGAAGCUUAAUACAUUGGGUCUUCUUCCAACUCAUCCAUCUGAUUGGGUGUCUUCCUUGCCACCUCCACAGGAGGUUGAGUAUUCUGGUGGGGGUAUGCCUCUAUAUUAAGACUCUGCCAGACAAGUUGCAGGUCAGAGAUUUGGUUGUUAGAGCAGAAUUUGCAGCCCUUCUCAAGUGACGACAUUAUACAUUCGUCUGAUUGUACUAGUAAUCAAGAAAAGAGUUUCAUUUUGGAGUGCUUGUAUUUGUAGACUCUUCAAUAGUUUUGGGAUUUAUUUAUGAAACUUUGUUGAAGGAUUAUAAGCUUUACGUUCAUCAUAAAGGUUACAACUUUGAUCAAACUACGAAAUCCAAACAACAAUUCUCGAAUGUA